AUGCUGAUUGCUUUGCUUUUUGUUCUAGGCACAGUGAGCUGCACGUUAUUCCUGGUAGUUAAUGGUUUAUAUUCGGCCAGUGACGAUGUGAUAGAGCUAACACCAACUAACUUCAACAAGGAGGUCAUUCAGAGUGAGAGCCUGUGGCUCGUGGAGUUCUAUGCCCCAUGGUGUGGUCAUUGUCAAAGACUAACCCCUGAGUGGAAGAAAGCAGCAACAGCAUUAAAAGGUGUAGUGAAAGUAGGUGCAGUAGAUGCAGAUAAGCAUCAGUCCUUGGGUGGACAGUAUGGAGUCAGAGGGUUUCCAACUAUCAAGAUAUUUGGAGCCAACAAAAACAAAGCGGAGGAUUAUCAGGGUGGCAGGACAAGUGAUGCCAUUGUUGAUGCUGCUCUAAGUGCUCUUCGGUCCCUGGUGAAAGACCGUCUUAGUGGCAGAGGUGGAGGAUAUAGUUCUGGGAAACAGAGCCGAGAGAGCGGAGGUGGAGAUAAGAAGGAUGUGAUUGAGCUGACUGAUGACAGCUUUGAUAAGAACGUCAUAAAUAGUGACGAUAUGUGGAUGGUGGAGUUUUAUGCCCCAUGGUGUGGGCACUGCAAAAACCUGGAGCCUGAAUGGGCAGCUGCUGCCACUGAGGUGAAGGAACAAACAAAGGGAAAAGUGAAGCUGGCUGCAGUAGAUGCAACAGUCAAUCAGAUGUUGGCAAGCCGAUACGGGAUUCGCGGAUUUCCCACAAUUAAAAUCUUCCAGAAAGGAGAAGACCCUGUUGAUUAUGAUGGUGGCAGAACUAGAUCUGAUAUCAUUGCUCGUGCUCUGGAUCUGUUUUCUGAUAAUGCCCCACCACCUGAACUCCUGGAGAUAAUUGGUGAAGAUGUUCUGAAGAGUACCUGUGAUGCUCAUCAACUCUGCAUCAUUUCUGUCCUGCCUCAUAUUCUUGACACAGGAGCUUCAGGGAGGAAUUCUUACCUGGAUGUCAUGUUAAAAAUGGCUGAAAAAUACAAAAAGAAAAUGUGGGGGUGGCUGUGGACAGAAGCAGGUGCUCAGUCAGAUCUUGAGAGCUCUUUGGGGAUUGGAGGCUUUGGGUAUCCAGCAAUGGCAGCUAUUAAUGCUCGGAAGAUGAAAUUUGCCCUUCUGAAAGGAUCAUUCAGUGAACAAGGGAUUAAUGAGUUUCUCAGGGAACUGUCUGUUGGUCGUGGCUCUACAGCACCAGUGGGUGGUGGAGCUUUCCCUAAAAUUCAUUCAGUUGAACCUUGGGAUGGCAAAGAUGGUGAGCUUCCAGUUGAAGAUGAUAUUGAUCUCAGUGAUGUGGAUCUGGAUGACUGGGAUAAAGAUGAGCUGUGAGACCUUCAGGAAACGUCUUUUCUUGGGAGAGUUUGUGCAGCAGUUUGCAACCUGGUUCACAAUCAGAUGGAUAUUCCAGUGGCCUUUUUAUGGAGAAAUAGCACGUGACACACUGUGCUAUUUGAUGCACUGCAGCAGUGAACUGUACGCAUCUCAAGAAAACAUUGCAGAAAUUCUAUGAAUUGUCAUAACCAGUAAACUUGAUUGUAUUCUGUGUAACAAAUAUUUUGAGAACAACAUGGAUAUUUCUUUGGAACAUCUUGGGUUUUAUUUUGUUGAUAGUGUGCUGUUUGAGUGUUACUGGAGGCUGUUAGUGUAACCAAUUUUAAAUGUGAUUUUUUUUUUUUUCCAUGGAGGUGGAACCUGGUCAGCUUCUGUUUCAAUUAAAGAAUAAAACAAAAUAUUUUUGACACACA